AUGUUGUGUGUUGCUAUUAUAUUAAUAGCGAUAAUAAGUUGUGGAGCGAGAGAAAUACAGGAUGAUAAGAAAGCAGGAGAUUUCAACCUCACUGCCGUGUUGUUUGCACCGUUACCACCCGCUAUCGAUACCCGAAUUAUCGGGGGCUCGCCAACGAAUAUAGAAAGCUUCCCUUUUACUGUACAGAUCCUAAAUAGUGGGCAGUUUGUCUGCGGGGGUUCAAUAUUGACCAUACGGCACAUUCUCUCGGCAGCUCACUGCUUCGUUGAAAUGAAUACCGGCAGACCUCUACGUGCUUCAUUAUUCUCUAUACGAGCAGAAGCUACGUUUCUAAAUGAAGCUGGUAGAGUUCACCGGGCAUCAACAAUUAUCAUCCAUCACGGAUACAACCAUGCCACAGUUGAUAACGAUGUGGCUGUUAUGGUCUUGAGGUCUAAUUUACGACUGAAUACCCGCUCGCAGAGGGCCCGCAUCCCCCUCCAGGGGAACACCGUGGCUGAUAACGGAACGGUAGUUGUUGUUGGCUGGGGGAGGACGAGGGCAAAUGUGGCGCAGUCGUCGAACGUGCUCAAUCAAGUGUCUGUCCGGAUUGUAAAUAGAGCUAUCUGCCGACAACGCUAUUUAAUUCAUGCAAAUCUGUUUGUUACCGAGAACAUGAUCUGCGCUGGACUGCUGGACAUUGGAGGGGCUGAUGCAUGCCAAGGUGACUCUGGAGGUCCGCUAAUCUACAAUGGAUCCAUUGUGGGUAUUACGUCCUGGGGCGUGAGAUGUGCUGAUCCCAUCUUGCCGGGGGUAUAUACCGAGGUCUCGAGGUACUCCAGUUGGAUUAAUGACACGGUCACGAGGUUUAACGGUUCCCCUAGAAGUCAAGCCGGGGUCGCAGCUGUACUCAUGUCUUUAAUGUUCCUAAUAUUUAGCGUUUAG